UUCUCGUACUCCGGUUCCGUCAGCUCCCGAAUCCCGCAUUUUCCACCGAUUAAUGCCCUCCAGGCACCCUUGACCCCUACCCCUAGAGGGCAAACAGCCCCUAGACCCGUGACAACCACCCGUUGACCGCAUUUGUUCAUUUAUUUUCGAUUGUUGAGACUCGACUUGCCUCCAGAGAUGUCUUAUUUGGAGGUUAGAAUUUUUUGUUGACAGUUUCCAGUGCAUUCCAGCGUUCGAUCACUUGUUCCUCAGCGAUAAUCGAUCAUGGGGGACGAGGAGGGACCCAAGGAGUACCGCUGGGAGACAGGUUACGAGAAGACAUGGAUUCGUUUUGGGUUUUGGGGUUAUGUUGAAGGGAAGCGAUCAAGGAGGACGACCAUGGGGGUUUGGACGCCUCGGUGGCCGACAUCAUCCACAAGGCCAAGAGAAAGAAACAGCUGGAGAAGACUGCAGGCAGCAGACUGGGCAUGAUAAGGCAUUUAUUCCUUAUUUUGGACGCCUCGGAGGCCAUGGGGAUGCAGGACCUGAAACCUACGAGGCUUCUGUGCUCAAUCAAGCUCUUGGAGUGUUUCAUUGAUGAAUUCUUCUACCAAAAUCCAAUUAGUCAACUGGGGGUCAUUGUCACGAGGAAUAAGAGGGCUGAGAAGUUGUGUGAAUUGUCGGGAAACUCGAAGAAACAUGUGAAGGAAAUUCAGAGUCUUAGUCAGUCCACCUCCAUUACCGGUGAGCCCUCUCUCCAGAACUCCUUGGAGUUGGCCCUGAAGUCUCUAAAAAACCUUCCUUCACACGCCAGCAGAGAAAUCCUCGUGAUAAUGGGGUCCUUGACAACUUGCGACCCUGGAGACAUUACUGAGACAAUUCAGACUUUGAAAACCGAAGGAGUGAGAUGCAGUGUUAUAGGUCUAGCAGCGGAGCUCCACGUCUGCAGGAAAAUGGCCACUAGCACCGGUGGUGAGCAUGGAGUAGUCCUGGACGACAAGCACUUCCUGGAGCAACUGAAAGCCCACGUGGACCCACCCCCAGCUGCAAUGAGGCUGGAGGCAGCCCUCGUGAAGAUGGGAUUCCCUCACCACGCCCUUCACAGCACACCAGCUGACACCGCCAUGAGCGUAUGCAUGUGUCAUGCUGAAAGUACAGACGAAUCAGCCAAGUUGACGUCUGCCGGCUACUUGUGUCCCCAAUGUUUAUCAAAACACUGCGAAUUGCCAGUUGAAUGUAAAUCCUGUGGACUCACUCUCGUCUCCGCACCGCAUCUGGCGAGAUCUUAUCAUUACCUAUUCCCCGUUGAGUCCUUCAAGGAAAUUCCGAUCCAGGAAACCUCAAACCACUGCUAUGGGUGCCAGAGACGUUUUUCAGAGGCUGAUAAGAAGGUUUACACGUGUGAUAAGUGCAGCCAGACGUUCUGCCUUGACUGUGAAAUUUUUAUUCACGAGUCGUUGCAUACGUGCCCUGGAUGCGCCACCAAUCCAGAAUCAUUUAAAAAAUAAUUAGGAAAUAAUUGGAGAUAAUUGAGGAUAAUUGUGUGUGUUAAGGAUAAAUUAGUGAAUAAAUAAUUUUUUUACCAUAUACAAUGAAAA